AUAAGAAAAACCCCUCUGGUAAUAAUAGUAAAAAUUGAAAAAAAAAAAAAUAUAUAAAAAUUUGUGACGUCAAGGGGAAUCCUUGUAAAAUUAAUAUUAAUUUAAUUUAUUUAUUAAUAUAUUUUUUGUUAAUUUAAAUACUUGAAAGUAGUAUAGUUGUGCAUGUGUGGUUUAAAAUUUUUUGUGGUGGGGUAAAUAAUCGUCUCACGAGCAAGACUAUAAAGGCCCCAAAGCAUCAGUUACUGGGGAAACAGUUGAUCGGGACCUACGUUUUUAUUAUAAAUUUAAAAUUUUAAAAAUUAUUAUUAUCAACAAUGAAGUGUAUUAUAUUUAUAUUUAUAUAUGAUAGUUAAAUUAAAUAUUUUACUAAGUGAAAACAAUAAAUAAAUUAAAUUUUAGAUUUUUUAAAUUUUAAAUUUGUGCAGUUUUAGUUUUAAUAAGUUUUAAUAAUUUUUUGUUAUAGUGAUGUUUAAUUGUUUAACAGUGUGUUAAUUAUUAUUUAAUUUGAAAUAAUAAUUUAAAAAAAAAAAAUGACAAUGGCUGUUGAAAAGAAAAAAGGAGAUGAGGGUGAAACAAGACCAAAAAUUGAAACAUUCGAUGAUAUACUUCCAUACGUGGGUGAAGCAGGACUUUAUCAAUUUAUUCUAUUUAUUUUGCUGUUACCCUUCACCUUUGUAUAUGCCUUCCUGUACUUUACACAAUUUUUUUUGACCCUGGUACCUAAUGAGCACUGGUGUAAUGUACCAGAACUCAAUGAAUGGAAUCUCACUGAUCAUGAAAAAAUUAGACUGUCAAUACCACUUGCAAAUGCUGAAGAACUUGGUACUGAAGGUUCACCAUUAUUUUCAAGAUGUCAUAUGUAUGCUGUUAAUUUUACUGAAGUUAUGAUAUCAGGUAUAAAAACACCUGAUUCAACAUGGCCAAUUAAAAAAUGUGAUAAUGGCUGGAGUUUUAAUUACACUGGUGUACCAUAUGCAUCAAUUGCUGCUGAGCUUGAAUGGGUUUGUGAUAAAACUUAUUUAUCAUCAGCAGCACAAUCAGCAUUUUUUAUUGGCAGUAUUAUUGGUGGUUUUAUAUUUGGAUAUAUUGCUGAUCGUUAUGGUAGAAUACCAGCACUUGUAUCAUGUAAUGCUGUUGGUUUUUUUGCAUCUGUUGCAACAGCAUUUUGUAAUAGUUUUUGGUCAUUUGCACUUGCAAGAAUGGUUGUUGGUACAUCAUUUGAUAAUUGUUUUAAUAUUUUAUUUAUCAUAACAAUUGAAUAUGUUGGUCCAAAAUACAGAACUCUUGUUGCCAACAUGUCAUUUGGUAUAUAUUUUGCAAUAGCAGCAAGUGUAUUACCAUGGAUCGCAUAUUGGAUUGCUGAUUGGCGAGUGCUGAGUGUUGUAACAGCAUUACCACUUGCAACAGCAUUUUUUGGUCCUUGGAUAGCACCAGAAAGUGCUAGAUGGUAUUUAAUGGCUGGUAAAACUGAUAAAGCAAUUGAAAUGUUAAAAAAAUUUGAAAAAAUGAAUGGUAAAACAGUUGCACCAGAAAUUUAUGAAGAAUUUGAAAAAAGUUGUAAUGCAUUAUUAGAAAAAGAUAAAAAAAGACAAAAUUAUACUGUUUUGGAUUUAUUUAAAAAACCAAGACUUGCAAGAAUUACAGUUGUACUUGUUAUCUAUUGGCUUUUGAUGAUUCUUGUUUUUGAUGGUCAUGUAUGGAACAUGAAAUUACUUCAUCCAGAUGUAUUUACAUCAUUUUCACUUGCUGCAUUAACUGAGUUACCAGCUGCAUUAUUAUUAGCUCUAUUUCUCGACAGAUGGGGACGACGUUGGAUGGGUUUUUCAUCAAUGUUUAUAUGUGGAAUAUUUUCAUUUGUUGCAAUUUUUACACCAGAAGGUUCAAUAACAGUUGCAAUGGCAAUAUUUGCAAGACUUGGUGUUAAUAUUGCAGCAAAUAUUGGCUUUCAAUAUGCUGCUGAAAUGUUACCAACAGUUGUACGUGCUCAAGGUGUAUCAUUAAUUCAUAUUAUUGGAUAUUUUGCUCAUAUUAUUGGUCCAUAUGUUAUUUAUCUUGCUGAUAUUAAAAAAGAAUUACCAUUAAUAGCACUUGGUGUUGUAUCAAUGAUUGAUGCAUUUUUAACGCUAACAUUACCAGAAACACUUGGACAAGAUUUACCAGAAUCAUUACAAGAAGGUAAUGAUUUUGGUAAAGAACAAAGUUUUUGGUGGAUACCAUGUUUAUCAGCAUCACAUGAAAAAAGAAAAAAAUAUAGAAGAAAAAUUGGUGCUGUUAAUGCUGGUUAUAAUCCAGGUAGUCUUGGCACAAUUGAUUCAACAAGAUUAUAGCAAAUUAUUAUUAUUUUAAUAAAAUUUAAUUUUUAUUUUAUUUAGUUUUAUUAUUAUUAUUGUUGUUGUAAAAACAUCAGACAAUUUUUUCAUCAUUCCAAAGAUUAUUUCUCUCGAUUUAUUAUUCAUUCAAUUGUUAGUUACAUUUGUUUAAUUUUUCUUUUUUUUUUUUUUUGUUAUUAUUUUAAAUAUUUUUCAGUAGAAUCAUUUCAGUACUUAUUAGGCCUGUCUUUAAAAAAGAAAAUAUAAGAGUAGUUCAGUUUGAUGGUUGUUGGACAGGUCAGUGCCAAUAAGAGAAAUAAUAAAAAUAU